AUGGAAGAUCUUAAACAUUCUAUUAUACAGUACAAUGAACAAUUACAGUUAGUUAAUAACGCCCUCGCGAUAGCCCAAGACGAUAUUGAACGAGAAUCAUUGCUUGCACUCCAAUCGGAUGUACAACAAUUGAUUCAACUCACACAGGAUAGCUUGGAUGCAAAACAGAAUGACGCAAAUGAGAGAAGUUCUAGGAACUUCGGAUCAAAUGACACAAGCCAGCUGGAUCAAGAAUAUGCUUUAUUUAUGCAAGAAAUGUCUGAAACAGAAGCACAUAAUACAGAAAUAAAUGCAAGUAACUCCAGAAGUGUUAAAGAUGAAGGACAAAUACAAAGUGAAGAUGAAAACAGUGAUAUAGAGGAUGAACUAGCUUCAUUAUUGGGUAUGAAAUGUGCAGUAUAUCACACUCAUAAAUGGGGUGGGCAGCCAAGUCUCCACAAUGCCAUGGUCAGCAGUAUUGAGCCCCGGCAAAAUGAUGAUCAGUUUAAUGACCUUCAGGUCCGUGUCUUAUUCACACAUCCAACUCAUGCAGAAAUGCUGCCAUGUCCAUACUUUCUUGAUGGUGAAUGCAAAUUCACUGAUGAUCAAUGUAGGUAUUCUCAUGGCUCAGUAGUUAAAUUGUCAAUUUUAAAAGAAGCAAUAGAACCCAAUUUUGAGGCUAUAAAAGUGGGAAGUAGAAUAUUGUUCAAGUUGAAACCACCAGACAAUGAGAAUGUCAAUUUGGUAAAGAAAAGCAUAGAAAAAUAUAAUUUGUGGCACUUAGCUGUUGUAAAAAGUGUAGAUUUUGAGACAAAAACUUGUAUAGUCAAGUUAGAACAUGGAUUGAGUAGUGGAGAAAAGAGAAAAAUUGUAGCAGAAGAGUUCUAUUUAUCAUUUGAAGAAAUCUUUCCCCUUAGUUCUGAAAACACCGAAGAUUACAAAUCUGAUGAUAGCCUUAGUGACACAGAGUAUCCAGAAAGUAAAUCAUGUCAUUUGGAUGGAGACAGUGAGAAGUGCGAUUUAUUGGUUGAAAAGAUUCCACAAAAUAGUGGCCCGGCCAUAGGCGAAUGGGAAAGGCAUACAAGAGGUAUCGGGUCGAAGUUGAUGCUGUCUAUGGGCUAUGUGCCCGGCACCGGGUUGGGAGCUGCAGGAGACGGCAGGAUACAGCCGGUUGAGGCCCAAGUACUGCCCGUCGGCCGCGGCCUCGACCAUUGCAUGGACAUCUCGCGAAGACUCGCCUCCAAGGACCCCAUCAAGGUGGGGCAGAAGCUGAAAAGACUACAGAGAAGAGAAGAAGAUAGAAAUAAGCGAGCUUAUGAACGCGAGAAAGAACGUGAAAGAAGAAACGUUUUUAAUUUCCUCAACAGAACUUUAGGUGACACAAAUAUCAACCCAGAAUCUUCAUCAGGAAGUCAAACAACGGACUAUAAGCAGUCAAAUGCAGUGGGCACCCGCAUAGUAACAGACGUAGUUUUUCGGGAAACUAUUUUAACA